AUUAAAUUAUUUUAUUUAAAAACAUUGCAGUUGAACUUUAUUGAACAAGCACGCUUUUUUUCUCUUCAACUACAAUUUAACAAUUCUUAUAUUAUAGUCUGCUCUGUUUUGUUGUGUUGAUGUCAGCUGGGUCGAUUUCAAUUGCCGAGCAUCCGUCUAACACAGAUCAAUCCUUCCUUAUCAAUCUAUAUGAUCUGCAUCUAAAAGUCAUUGAACAGGAAUAUGAGAUUGCAAUCUUGAAGGCCUUCAACAGCCUUUUUCAUCAACUGCUGUUUCUGGAUCACAUUGCUGUGGAGGGAGCUGAGGAGAGGAUCAAUGACAUUAAGGAAAAACUUCCCAGUCUGGAGAGGAUUGUUCUUGAAGAAGAAAAGAAGAUGGAUUACUACACUGGCCUGCUUUCUGACCAGGUCAUCGUUCAGACACAAGAAGCUUGCUCUACGGAGGAUGAGAUCAUUGAUGAAACACAGGCUAAGCACAACUCAUUCACAAACCAAAUACCAACUGCUGCUCCGGAAAAGUUGCACCAGGAUUCUCAAUCCAUCCCAAAUGAGAGCCAAAGGACCAGAUCUGCAAUUAGGAGGGAAGACAAACGAGAAAGAGGAGGAGAGGACAUUCAGUACCAGCUCAUGGAGGAGAUAGCACUGAAUAACAGAACAGAAGACAGUACUGAGUCCACAAAGAAAAAGACCUGUGGCUGUUUCUCAUGUCUGAGAUGUUGGCGUUAAUCAUUUGUCUGUUUACCAGUUCAGAUGGCAUCUCUCCGGCUUACUUGAACUCCCAUUAAUAUAAAGUUAUCAGCAAUUUACUGUA